UGUCUAAUUUCCCUCAUUUUCUAACAUCUUGCCAUUUCCUUUCCUUUCUCAUGGAAACCACCAACGGAGCAUCUUUCAAUAACCAGAAGUUCACUAUCCCACCAAUGAAUGAUGUUGAGCAACAAACAAGCAUGGAAAUUGAAGCAAAAGAUGACUUUAAUUACUCAAAACGAUCACAAUGGCUACGAGCUGCGGUCCUAGGGGCCAACGAUGGACUUGUCUCCACUGCAUCACUGAUGAUGGGUGUUGGUGCAGUAAAACAAGACAUUAAAGCCAUGAUACUAACCGGUUUUGCAGGUCUGGUAGCUGGGGCUUGCAGCAUGGCCAUAGGUGAGUUUGUUUCCGUUUAUUCACAGUUAGAUAUAGAGUUGGCGCAGAUUAAAAGAGACAAGCAAAGAGGUGAAAAUAGAGAAACAGAAGAAGAAAACGAAGGAGAAAAGGAGUCUUUACCAAACCCUUUACAAGCAGCUGCAGCCUCAGCGCUUUCAUUUUCAGUGGGAGCAAUGGUGCCCUUGCUAGCUGCAUCUUUUGUAAGGGAGUACCAGGUGAGGUUAGGUGUAGUGAUUGGUGCUGUGAGCUUGGCUUUGUUGGUAUUCGGAUGGUUGGGAGCUGUGUUAGGGAAGGCACCAACCGUGAGGUCUGCAGUUAGGGUCUUGGUUGGAGGGUGGCUGGCUAUGGCUGUAACCUUUGGGUUAACCAAGUUGAUUGGAUCAAGUGGGCUCUGAACUUCCUUCUUUCUACCUUGCCUUUUGGCUAUUGUGGAGACAUGGAACUGUAACCAUGUUG